AUGGAGUUGGAUGGAAGUUCUGAUGAGAGUGAUGACGACUGGGAAUACGUGGAAGACGAAGGGCGUGAUGAUACUGAGUGGUAUUGGGACUGGGUAGAGUCAAAGCGCACUCCACCCCUCUACGAACCCGAACGGGUCUAUGAGUCGCCCCUCUUCCACUUGGCGUAUGAAUAUCGGAAAUUCAUCACAGAGUCGGAGAAUCUCGAGGACUGGCCUAUCGAGUCUGAGGACCGUUGCCAAAUACACGACAAGCCAUGCUCCGAUGGAUCCGAUGAUUGCGACUUGUGCCUGGCACUGGCGGCGGUAGAGAACCUCCACCUUAUAGCAGAUGCAUGGACCCUUAUGGGUGGUGCAGCUGCAGACGUCGAAGCCGAACCUCUCCUUGACCUUCUCGGGCUCAACAGAGCCUGGGAUAAGUAUAGGAAGACCCUUGGCGAUCCCGAGGAGUGGCUGGAGCUCUCGGGUGAAGGACGUCAUAUCAAGGCACAGAUCGUUCAUCUUGUGCAACAGAGCAGGUCCCCAGGUGCAGAUCUAGAUCCUUCAAGCUGGAAAAUGUCUGAUGACUGGAAGAAGCGCACGCAAAACAAGCCCAAGCCUAGAAGAGUACGGUUUGACGAAACAACCGAUUUCGCCAAUGACGCGCUCAUAGCCAGAGACGGUGACUGUUACCUGCGCUCAUCCUCCCUCUACUGUCCGGGGAAAAAUGCUUGCCCUAACGAAGAAGGCUGGGAGGACCACUCUUGGGAGCGAAAUUGGGUGGUAAGUCUGGCGCAAUGCAAAGUAUACUUCACCCCUACUCUUGGUCGCCGAGAGUACUAUCUCGGUCAGCUAUGCGAGUUGAAGGACGCCAGCAUGGUUAUCCAGACAAUCACGCUACGCAUGAAAUCGGCGGCUCGAUCUCUCCCCCACGAGCGCAGAGUGAUCAAAGAAGCCAUGCGAAACUGCGACACUAUUCACAUCGGCGUCCGCGCAGGCAAAGGCAAAAAUUAUCUGAGGAACAUUAAGUUUGGUGACAUUGCCCUAUGCGACUAUCAGACAGAUCGCUCGGAUGUUGUCCGUCAAGUACGGACUGUAGUAUUGACCAGAGCUCAUACUGCUCGUCUUGGCUAUCUUACUCCGGAUGCGAAGGACGAUAUCAUCCCUCGGCGUCCCGUAAAGACGAAGAAGGACUGGAAAGAACUUCGUGAAUGGGUGGAGAAGGAUUGUGCACUUGAAGAGGAAACUCUCAAACACUGGCGGACGAUCCUCCCUCUGUCACGACCUCAUCAACGGACGAAUGACUGGGCCGAGCUAUAG